GCCUCCUGGCCGCCUUGCUGGCUGACCAGUCACUUCGCGCCGUGGUGGUGGGCUCCGUAGAAUAGAAAUCCUUAAAUCUUACGUGACAGCAGCUCGGUUUUGCACCGUCCUCACCUCACCACGUCCCCGUCUUGUUUGUGGCCCAAGGCUUCGGCGAUGGGCGCCUCCACCUCACCUCGGCUCGCGUUGCUAGCAGUCGCCGUGGCAGCGGCGACGGUGAUUGUCGCCUCGCUCUCGCCGGUGAUGGCCUUCCCGGCGGGCUUGCCGUCGACGGCGAGCCCGUUCCCGAACCCGUGGUCCGCGUUCCAGAACCUCUCUGGGUGCCACGCGGGCGAGGAGCGGGAGGGGCUAGGGAGGCUCAAGGAUUACCUCAGCCACUUCGGCUACCUCCCGCCGCCGCCGUCGUCGUCGCCGUACAGCGACGCGUUCGACGACGCCCUGGAGGCGGCGAUCGCCGCGUACCAGCGCAACUUCGGCCUCAACGCGACCGGGGAGCUGGACACGACCACCGUCGACCAGAUGGUCGUCCCGCGCUGCGGCGUCGCGGACGUCAUCAACGGGACCUCCACCAUGGACAGGAACUCGUCGGCGGCCGCUCUCCGCGGGCGGCACCUGUACAGCUACUUCCCCGGCGGGCCGAGGUGGCCGCCGUUCCGGCGGAACCUCAGGUACGCAAUCACCGCGACCUCGGCGACGUCCAUCGACAGGGCGACGCUGAGCGCCGUCUUCGCGCGCGCCUUCUCUCGGUGGGCCGCCGCCACGACGCUGCAGUUCACGGAGGUCGCGUCGGCGUCCAACGCCGACAUCACGAUCGGGUUCUACUCCGGGGACCACGGGGACGGCGAGGCGUUCGACGGGCCCCUGGGCACGCUGGCGCACGCGUUCUCGCCGACGGACGGGCGGUUCCACCUUGACGCGGCGGAGGCGUGGGUGGCCAACGGCGACGUGUCCACCGCGUCGUCCUUCGGCACGGCGGUGGACCUGGAGUCCGUGGCCGUGCACGAGAUCGGCCACCUGCUGGGGCUCGGCCACUCGUCGGUGCCGGACUCCAUCAUGUACCCGACGAUCCGCACGGGGUCGAGGAAGGUGGAGCUGCAGUCCGACGACGUCUCGGGGAUACAGAGCCUGUACGGUACCAACCCCAACUACAAGGGCGUCACGCCGACUUCGCCGUCGACGAGCAGCCGGGAGAUGGACGGCAGCGCGGCCGCGGACAUCCGGCCGUGGAGUGGGUUCGUUGGAUUAGUUGCGACAGUUGUCCUGAUACUAGCCCCGUAGACCAUUUUCGUGCCUCGAUGUCAUCACGUCCAUCUCUGCUUCUAUUUCUUUAUCCGUAGAUUAUUGUUGACUUUUGGACAGAUUCUUGUGUACAUAACAUUGCAGAAUAAUAGAUAUACUACACAUUUUUUUGAUAGAGCAA